AUGAUUCAAGUGGAGAGCUUCAAGCGUCCAUCGCCAUCGCCUUCUCGGAGCUCCGUGCGGAGUGACAGUCGAGUGUUCCGGCAGCCGCGAGUCAUCACGGUGAACCGCGAUGCUGCCACGAUGGUGGACGGCGAGGCGAGCGGGCCAGCCACUGCCGCCGCCGCCGCCGCACCACCCACGGACUGGGAAACACGGCUCACACAAAACGCUGCUCACUUUAGAUCCCGCACAUUUAGCGACGGCUUCAUUAGAAACACCAGUCUCGAACUCCUGCUCGGUGUAGACUGCGAAGCUUGCCUCGCUCUUGCCGCACAAAGACAAUGUUUAGAUGAACACAUAUCAAAACAUGAUUUUGACCUAGUUUGCAACUGUAAUGUCCAACAAAAUAAUUUUGUCAACUGCCAUCGAAACGUCGACCAGAGAGGCCACACUCUUAACAUCUACGACUUGGAAAGAAUUAAACGGGACACAGGUCGAAGUCAACUCACAAUCGGAUCACAUCGUAGUCUUGACAGAAAAUACAACAAAAGUAGGACUAUCGGUGUAUCAAACUACAUUUCAAAACAGUUAAUUUCUUACGAUCCAAGGAAUACACUCGUGCAAAAGAUAAAAAGGAAGCUAUCAAACUUAAAAAAGAUAGGCGGCGAGGCAAUAUCAAAAAAACAUCAGAACGCUGUCCAACUGGCGGAGAUAACAUCGGGCUCUACGAGCUCUCUCAAGAAGACAUCGAUGUUGUCGUUGGCAGACAAGUCGCAAAGGAGAGUAAACAGUCAGAGUUGUAUUUUCACUUCUUCGGGCUAUCAAGGGAAGGAUGAUUUAAAGAGCAAUGCUUCUACGUACGCAAAUUUUUCUGGGAAUGUGGACCAAUGUUUUGAUAAAUUGAGAGAUUAUAAUGUAAGUUCAGAUAUAAAUAGACGUACCUCACAAAAAAUGGUAAAAAUGAGAAGUUUUGAUAAUAACGAAAUAUUGGUUACUAGAAAUUCGCCGGCUUUAGAGAGAACAAAAUUUUCUACUUUAGACAAUCGUAGUCGGUGUAAAGGUAUUAAAAGACAAAUGUCAUACAACGAUUUUCCAAGUGAAAGAUACCGAGAUAGAUUAUCGGAGUCUUGGACGCGAGACGAGAGCACGAUGGAGUCGAGAAGUACUCGCAGUGAUUUAGUGGAUGACGACGCACAAACGUUCCUGGAGGGCGACGUCAUGGCGAUGAGCGGGCCGCGCUCGGCACACGCGCUCUGCACCUGCGAAGCGCCGCAAGAUACCAGACUGCCAUCUAUUUUUUAUGACACGCACGGUAAGAAGCGAGCGACUCCAGCGCCCGACGUGACGGAGCGUGGGCAGGGCCGCGUGGCGUCGUGCAACGCGUGCAAGUCCCCGCAGUGGCUGUCCACAGGCACCACAUCCACCACCAGCCACAGUUCCACCACCACUGGGAACUCUUCUCGUUUAUCAGUGUGGCAUCGGCGUUGGUGCUGCGUGGCGAUCUUGGUGCUGGUGGCGGGCACCGCGUGCGUGGCCGGGCCCCUGGCGCUGCGGGCUCCGCCCGGGGCGCCCCUGCACGAAAGACUGCGACUAGCCGAGCGCCUGCUGCACGACACACCGCUCAUAGACGGACACAACGACCUACCUUGGAACAUAAGGAAGUUUCUACACAAUAGGAUAAAAGAUUUCAAUUUCGACGAGGAUUUGCGGACCAUCUCCCCGUGGGCAACAAGUUCGUGGAGCCACACCGACCUGCCUCGACUGAAACAAGGCAGAGUGGCCGCACAGUUCUGGGCGGCGUACGUGCCGUGCGACGCGCAGCACCGGGAUGCGGUGCAGCUCACGUUCGAACAGAUCGACUUGAUACAAAGACUUACCGACAAAUACCACCCUCAGCUCACAUUGUGCACCUCUGCCGAAGAUAUAAUAUCUGCGCACGCCAACCACAGACUGUGUUCAUUAGUGGGGGUGGAGGGUGGGCAUGCAAUUGGAGGCUCUCUUGGCGUCUUGAGGACCCUGUACCAAGUAGGCGUCAGAUACCUGACCCUUACCUCAACGUGUGACACUCCGUGGGCAGAAUGUGCGUCCCCAGAUAAACCUGAACCAUCCCCACGAGGCGGACUCACUCCGUUCGGAAAGAUAGUGGUGAAGGAAAUGAAUCGGCUGGGCAUGUUGGUGGACCUGUCGCACGUGUCGGAGCGCACGAUGCGCGACGCGCUGGCCGUGUCGCGCGCGCCCGUGCUGUUCUCGCACUCGUCGGCGCGCGCGCUCUGCAACGUGACGCGCAACGUGCCCGACACAGUGCUGCGCCUGCUGGCCGCCAACAAGGGCCUCAUCAUGGUCAACUUCUACACUUCGUUUCUCACCUGCAAGGACACGGCGACAGUGCAAGAUGCUAUCGCACACAUUAAUCAUAUAAGGGAUGUAGCCGGUGUGGACAGCGUGGGCCUUGGCGCUGGCUACGACGGCAUUAAUUAUACACCACAAGGCCUAGAGGACGUGUCGUCGUAUCCACUACUAUUCGCUGAGCUCAUGGAGGAAGGCUGGAGCAUAGAUGAACUUCGAAAGUUAGCUGGCCUCAACCUUCUCCGCGUGAUGGGGGCAGCUGAGCGCGUCGCCCGCGACCUCGCGUCCGCUCGCGUGGCGCCCUAUGAAGACGUCGCGCCGAAACCAUUUGACGCUCACAACUGUUCAAGUCAAGACCUUUAAA